AUGCCGGUCAUGAAGGGGUUACUGGCCCCCCAAAACACUUUCCUGGACACCAUCGCCACCCGCUUUGACGGCACGCACAGCAACUUCCUGCUGGCCAACGCACAGGGCCCACGGGGCUUUCCCAUCGUCUAUUGCUCCGACGGCUUCUGCGAGCUCACGGGCUACGGCCGCACCGAGGUCAUGCAGAAGACCUGCAGCUGCCGCUUCCUCUACGGCCCAGAGACCAGCGAGCCGGCCCUGCAGCGGCUGCACAAGGCCCUGGAGGGCCAGCAGGAGCACCGCGCUGAAAUCUGUUUCUACCGCAAGGAUGGCUCCGCCUUCUGGUGCCUCCUGGACAUGAUGCCCAUCAAGAAUGAGAUGGGGGAUGUUGUGCUGUUCCUCUUCUCCUUCAAGGACAUCACUCACACAGGAGGCCCAGGACUUGGCACCCCAGGAGGCCAUGGGGACAGUAACCACGAAAACUCCCAUGGUCGGAGGGGAGCUGGCUCGAAACUGCAGUCCGCCAGGAGGCAGGGUCGCACUGUUUUCCACCGGCUCACUGGCCACUUUGGCCGUAGGACACAGGCAGGCAUGAAGACCAAUAACAACGUGUUUGAGCCAAAGCCAUCAGUGCCUGAGUACAAAGUGGCCUCCGUGGGGGGGUCCCGCUGCCUCCUCCUCCACUACAGCGUCCCCAAGGCCAUCUGGGACGGCCUCAUCCUGCUCGCCACCUUCUACGUCGCGGUCACCGUGCCCUACAACGUCUGCUUCGCGGAGGACGACGACAGCCCCAUCACCUCCCGACACACUCUCGUCAGCGACAUCGCUGUGGAGAUGCUCUUCAUCUUGGAUAUCAUCCUGAAUUUCCGCACCACCUACGUGUCCCAGUCUGGCCAGGUCAUCUCUGCCCCUCGUUCCAUUGGCCUCCACUACUUGGCCACCUGGUUCUUCGUCGACCUUAUUGCUGCCCUGCCCUUUGACCUGCUUUAUGUCUUCAACAUCACUGUGACCUCGCUGGUGCACCUGCUGAAGACAGUGCGGCUGCUGCGGUUGUUGCGGCUGCUGCAGAAGCUGGAGCGGUACUCGCAGUGCAGCGCGGUGGUGCUCACGCUGCUCAUGUCUGUCUUUGCCCUCCUUGCCCACUGGAUGGCCUGCAUCUGGUACGUCAUCGGGCGCCGGGAGAUGGAAGCCCAUGAUCCGCUGCUCUGGGACAUCGGCUGGUUGCACGAGCUGGGCAAGCGGCUGGAGGUGCCCUAUGUGAACGGCUCGGCCGGAGGCCCCAGCCGGCGCAGCGCCUACAUCGCAGCACUCUACUUCACGCUCAGCAGCCUCACCAGCGUGGGUUUCGGCAACGUGUGUGCCAACACGGACGCUGAGAAGAUCUUCUCCAUCUGCACCAUGCUCAUAGGCGCGCUGAUGCACGCCGUGGUGUUCGGCAACGUGACGGCCAUCAUCCAGCGCAUGUACUCGCGCCGCUCGCUCUACCACAGCCGCAUGAAGGACCUCAAGGACUUCAUCCGCGUGCACCGCCUGCCGCGGCCGCUCAAGCAGCGCAUGCUAGAGUACUUUCAGACCACGUGGGCUGUCAACAGCGGCAUCGAUUCCAACGAGUUACUGCGUGACUUCCCGGACGAGCUGAGAGCAGACAUUGCCAUGCACUUGAAUCGGGAGAUCCUGCAGUUGCCGCUGUUUGGAGCAGCGAGCAGGGGCUGCCUGCGGGCUCUCUCCCUGCACAUCAAGGCUUCGUUUUGUGCUCCGGGCGAGUACCUGCUGCGCCAUGGGGAUGCUCUGCAGGCCCACUACUAUGUGUGCUCCGGCUCUCUCGAGGUGCUCCGGGACAAUAUGGUGCUGGCCAUCCUGGGGAAGGGGGACCUGAUUGGAGCAGACAUGCCCGAGGCCGGGCCUGAGCCUCGGGCUGGGGCCCGCUGUGUGCUCAAGACCAGCGCUGACGUGAAGGCGCUGACCUACUGUGGCCUGCAGCAGCUGAGCAGCCGGGGGCUGGCCGAGGUCCUGCGGCUCUACCCCGAGUACAGGACCGCCUUCCGGGCCGGCUUGCUCCGGGAUCUCACCUUCAACCUGCGCCAGGGCUGCGACACCAAUGGUCUUGGGCGCCUCUCCCGAUCCCCUCGCCUCUCCCAGCCCCACUUGGAAAGCCUUGGCUCCUCCUCAGAGAAGACCCUGCCAUCCGUCACAGAAGCCGUGACGGGUGAUGAGCCCGGAGCUGGUUCUAGGCCACGCCGGCCCCUCCUGCUGCCCAACCUCAGCCCUGCACAGCCUCGGGGCUCCCUGGUCAGCCUUUUGGGCGAGGAGCUGCCCCCGUUCUCAGCCCUAAUCUCCUCUCCUUCCCUGUCCCCAUCCCCCUCCCCUGCCCUGGCUGGCCGGGGCCACAGCCCCUCCUCUCAAGGCCCUGUCAGGUGCUCUGCUGCCUGGAAGCCUCCCCAGCUUCUCAUUCCCCCACUGGGAACCUUUGGACCUCCGGACCUCAGUCCCCGGAUAGUGGAUGGCAUUGAGGACUCUGGCAGCACAGCCGAGGCCCCCACCUUCCGGUUCAGCAGACGGCCUGAGCUUCCAAAGGCUCGCUCCCAGGUCCCUCCUGCAGGGACCAAGCCCAGUCGGGAGUUGGCCAUGGAAGCUGAAGAAGUCCAGGAGAAAGUCUGCAGGCUGAACCAGGAGAUCUGCCGCCUCAACCAGGAAGUGGCUCAGCUGAGCCGGGAGCUACGCCACAUGAUGGGGCUGCUGCAGGCCAGACUGGGGGUCCCACGACACAUGGCAGGCUCAGCUUGGCCCCCCCAGUUUCCUUGCCACCAGCAGAGGCCAGCCUGUGUGUCUCCAUGUAGCUCGCUCCCACCACCUGGCCUCCAAGAUACUACGCUGGCUGAAGUCCACUGCUCAGCUGGUGUGGGAGCAGCAGGCAUGCUGGCCACGCCCCCGAGACCUUCCAUGCUGCCCCCCAGCACCUCAGAACCUGACCCUCUGGGAGUCUCCCUAAUGCCAGAGGCCUCUGCCCAAUGCCCCGGCUUCUUGAGGCCCAGCUUCCGAUCCAGAUCUGACACCUUCCACUGA